UAUCUUUUUCUAGCGUUCAAAUGUCUUUAGGGACGGAUAUCUCGGUGUGUAUUUUACCGGCGUUUAAACGGACCCCACCAAUGCUACAUGUAUUACCUUAUUAUCCCUUGUUUCUUAGCAGCGUCAUCCCUAAUCCCUAAUACCUAAUACCUAGCGGCUCUUUUAGCGGCCUUGCCUAGAUUCGACGCCGGGAACUUGGGAAUAAUGGAACUCCAACUUGUUCUUUUAACCAAAUUAGGAACAAUGAUCUUGACGCGUUUCACGACGUAGUUCUGCGCCGACACUUCAAUUUUAACAUACCAACUUAUUGAUGACUUUAGACUUGUCGUGAUGAUGCCGGUAUUGUCAUUGCCUUUUUAUUGUAAUUUUAUGUAAAUUAUUUUCAGCCUUCCGUUGCUGUUACGUCGUUAAUAACGCUACUACAUGAUAACGAUGUCCAACCAGGGAGAGCAUUCCUGGGCAUCAAUUCCCACUGAUCAGCUCAUUGCCGAACUAUCGCGACGACAUGGCGGAAGCAAUUCCAUGGCUGCCGAGAAGCCGGCUUGUGGUUCAGGAGAUCGCGGUGCAUAUGAUACCCCGUUACACAUUUUUGCCCUAUUCUUGAUUCUCACUCUUAGUAUUCUCGCCUGCGGUUUUCCUCUCUUCUCCCGACAAUCUGCCAAAAGCCGUCGAGCCAACACUAUCGUCUUCAUUAGCCAACAUUUCGGUACCGGUGUCCUAAUCGCGACCGCCUUUGUCCAUCUACUUCCGACCGCUUUCCUCUCCCUAACCGAUCCUUGUCUUCCGCCUCUAUUUAGCGAAGGAUAUCAACCUAUGGCCGGAUUUGUUGCAAUGGUAUCAGUUUUGGUUGUUGUAACAUUGGAAUCUUACCUUACGACAAGGGGUGCCGGCCAUUCUCAUUCUCAUAAUCAUGCCUGGGAAUUCGAAGACGAUGAUACCGAUGGAUCAAACCAUAAUGGCCAUACAAAUGGUGGGUUAGCAGCUAAGAGAGCUACCAGUCAUCGUCCCGCGGAUAUUGCCCUCAACGAUGUCGGUGCUAGUCAAGGCCUCAUGGCAGAUGUUUCACCACUUCCCGAAUCUACGCCUACUAUCGUCACGACAUCACCUGAUAAGACUAGAAGUUUUGGUCGUAAUAGCGAAGACAAUGACGAGGAUCUUGAUCUUAACUUAGACGAACUCGACCCUAAUAACGACGAUGACGCAAGACCCCUUACACAUAUUGGAGGAAAUGGCCAUGUGGAUCGACAUGUUGAAUCUACAGCGAUUCAAGGUCCUCCUACAGCUGAGGAACAAAAGCGACUGAUGCUUCAAUGCAUGCUACUGGAGGCUGGUAUUCUAUUCCAUAGUGUGUUCAUAGGCAUGGCUGUAUCGGUUGCCACUGGCCCUCCGUUUGUUGUCUUUCUCGUCGCCAUCGCCUUCCAUCAAACAUUCGAAGGUCUUGCUCUAGGUUCUCGUAUCGCCGCGAUUCAGUUCCCACGCGCCUCCGUGCGUCCUUGGCUCAUGGUUUUGGCAUAUGGGCUUACUACUCCCAUUGGCCAGGCCAUUGGUCUCGCCGUACACAGAUUGUAUGAUCCUCUCAGUCAGACAGGUCUGCUUAUGGUUGGUUUUAUGAACGCUAUCUCGAGCGGCCUUUUACUAUUCGCGGGUCUGGUACAACUUCUCGCCGAAGAUUUCCUUACCGAGAAGAGCUACAAAUCACUAAAGGGUACGAAACGGAGAAACGCAGGCCUGGCCGUAUUUGCGGGGGCUAUGCUCAUGGCUUUAGUCGGCGCUUUCGCGUAAUGACCUCGCCAACUAUUUACGAAUUUGAUUUUUAACGACGGCGUUUUCGGAAAAUUAUAGGAAAGGGUGUAUUUGCAAGGUCGCAAAGGUUGCAUGAGAGCUAUAGAUGGUUUCUCCCUAGAUACUCUGAUAUUUCACUUCUCCAUAGGUCAUUUUACUCUAGGAAGCCGAUUUCAGGACUUGGGGCGUUAUGGUCAAGUCACAUCAUUGAUUUUCGUGUAGAUACCAAGCACAAUUGAUUU